AUAGAGGAAAUCACCGAAUGCAUUGAAAACAUUGAAUUAAUGCCAAAUGAUGCAGGGUCGCCAGCAGAGGUCAACAAUGUACAAUCCGUUGAGUCGAAUGCUGCAAAUGAAGUAUCGACGAACAACUUCACCAACGAAGUCGAUAACGAUGAUAGUUUUGAUAUUGAUGCUGACGCUCACGCGGAUGGCGAUGGCGAUGGAGACGGUGAUGCCGAUACACUAAGCGCAGAUGGCACAAGUAGUUCCUUGGGCGCUAAUACAGCAGGAAGCGCCACAAAUAGCCGCACUAACAUCACUACCAGCACAACCACCGUUCACACGGGGCAUUUCUCAGUGUCAUCGUCGCCAUCAGCUAUGUCUACGUCGUUUCAUACUGCUUCGCAUAUGAAUGCAAAUCAAAAUGAACUGGCCAGCGGAAACGCGAUGACACGACGACCUAGUUGUGAUGCACCGUUACAGCUGCACCAACAGCAGCCGCUUUCAGCACCCCAGCCUCACAGCGCCAUCUAUGCAUCUCAAUCUCAUGCCCAACGCGUUGGAGGCAGUCCGGCGCGUCGCAGCACAUUCAACUUUAGCGCCAUGCAGUAUAACAGCCCAAGCAUGCUGGAACGUCGCAAUUCAGGCGGUUACAGCGCUGCCGCCGCCGCACAACGCUCCUCGAUGACCACGCCAGAUAGCGGCAUCAGCCAAACUCAGUCCUCACAUUCAUGCACGCCUGGCCCUUACAGUCCGCAUCGGACCAUCUCCACUCCAAUACCAGCCAAAACCUACUGCGACAAGUCAGUAAACUCUUCACCAAAGCGCUUGGUAUCCGCGCUCACUUCGCCGAUAGAGCCUUUUGCGGCGAAUGUUGGCCGCGAGCAUGCGCUCAAGCUGGAGAUCGAGCAGUUGCAGGAGAAGUUAAAGGAUACAGAGGAACGCCUGAAAUCGCUGCGCAUACAACACGAUUCGCUGUCACAGCUGCAUCGCGAUUUGCGCGAAAGUAAUACCAAACUACAGGAGGAGUCUGAAAUGCUUAAAUUAGAUGUACAACAUCUGAAUGAAUGUGCCAACAUACUGCGAACCGAAUUGCAGACGGCGCGUGCAGAUCGCAAUGAGGCGCUUGAGUUGCAAAAGUCGUUGCAAAGUGAGUUGGAGUCGAGCAGGCAGGAGAAGAAGCGCGCGCAAGAGCUAAAGGACAAAGAUGGCAAAACCAUACAAGAUCUGCACCGGCAAUGCCGCGAAAUGGAGCGUAUAUUGAUGCGUAAACAUCCGGACUCGGUGUCGGCACUAAUUGUCGCCUCCAAAAAUCCCGGAAAAUGUGCGAAUAAUGACCAGGAGAAUGUGAACAGUCGAAAACUGUUAGAGCAGCGUAUUGCGCAGCUGGAGUCAGACGCCAAGGAGCAAGAUUUAAAAGCACAACAAAUACUCGCUAAUGUACAGGCGCGUUUCAACUCGGUGCAGUCCAAAUACGAAACUCACAUUGCGGAUUUAGAGACGCAGGUGUUAAGCCUCCAGGAAAUCAACACGAAACUAAAUGAGAAGAUAGAAUCGCAAGUGCGCACCUUGGACUACUUCGUCUCGAAGAAAGCUGAAAACUUCUACAACAAUUGCACACAAACAGACUCGAACGUGGUGCAGGGUGAAAAUGAGGCAGGCUGCAGCGGCGAUGUGACCAAACGCGCCAGCUUAAAUACCGCGUUCAGCACAGACGGCGACGGCGCUGCGAAUACGAAUGCCAAUGCCAAUAGCAGCACCAACACAACCUUCACACAAACAACCGAAACGAAGAACACACGCGAUCACAGCACC